UUCUAUUUUUAGUGUGGUGGGUCUGUCUCCUCAAGCUGGAAAUUACUGUUGCAGCUCCAGGUGUAGCCAUAGCCUAAGAUAACACAACAAGUGGUGUAACAAUCAGCUGGGAGGAACAAAGGACUGAACAUGAUGGAAAACAUGCAGGCCAGAUAUGUGCACAGAUUGAUGGUUUUGAGAGAACAGCCCAUCUUCACCACCAGAGCACAUGUCUUCCAAAUUGACCCCAGCACCAAGAAGAACUGGGUUCCUGCAAGCAAGCAGGCUGUAACUGUUUCCUACUUCUAUGACAGCACAAGAAACAGCUAUCGGAUUAUCAGUGUGGAUGGAGCCAAGGUGAUUAUAAACAGCACAAUCACACCUAAUAUGACCUUUACGAAAACAUCACAGAAGUUUGGUCAGUGGGCAGACAGCAGAGCAAACACUGUGUUUGGUUUGGGUUUUUCCUCUGAACAGCAGCUAACAAAGUUUGCAGAGAAAUUCCAGGAUAUAAAAGAAGCUGCCAAACUAGCAAGAGACAGAUCUCAAGAGAAAAUUGAGACCUCAAGCAAUCAUUCCCAAGAAUCUGGACGUGAAACGCCAUCUUUUACUCGGGCAUCCAGCAUAAAUGGAACAGAUGAUGAGAGGGCAUCUCAUGGUGACUCUGCUGAUGCACAUCUGAAAAGUGAGAAUGACAAACUGAAAAUUGCUCUAGCCCAAAGUUCUUCCAGUGUAAAGAAAUGGGAAACAGAACUGCAGACUCUGAGGGAGAGCAAUGCCAGGCUGACCUCUGCACUCCAAGAAUCUGCUGCCAGUGUAGAGCACUGGAAAAAACAGUUUUCAGAAUGCGAGGAGGAGAAUGAUCAACUCAGGAACAAGAUUGAAGAGCUGGAAGAACAAUGCAAUGAAAUAAAUAAAGAGAAGGAAAGAAAUGCACAGCUUAACAGGCGCCUCCAGGAACUGGAAUCAGAACUUCAAGACAAAGAACUAGAAUUGGAGGAUCUUCGAAAGCAGGGUGAAAUUAUACCCCAGCUAAUGACAGAAUGUGAAUCUGUAUCUCAGAAAUUACAGGCUGCUGAGAGAAAGAACAGAGACCUGGAGGAGAAAGUCAGAACACUAAGGACAGAUGUUGAAGAGAGCAAACAGAGACAGAACAGCCUUAAAACUGAAUUAAAGAAUUUUUUAGAUGUACUAGAUGGGAAGAUAGAUGAACUACAUGACUUCCGACAAGGACUGUCUAAACUGGGAAUUGACAACUAGACGGCAACAGAUUUUUGUAAUCUAGGGUUUGAAUGUUUGGUGUUGAUCCCAAAUGUGUAUUUUACAAAAUUUGGCUAGAAUGUUCCACUUGUUGGCAUUGUUUCUGUACAUACAGGCUGAAAAUUUGCAAUGUUUUUUCAAACCAGUUGUGCUGCUCACUGAAUUCUGUUGAGAAGAGAAAUUAUUUAUAUGGCUGCUAUGGGUUUGCGAAGAGGUGGAGGAUUCUGUCUCAGGAAUCUGGAACUAGAUCUACCUUAUAUGAUUAUGCAGUUAGUUGUUGCAGGGAAAUUUAUAUCUUUCUUAAGGGCUGUUGCAACCAUAGAAACAGAAAACAAGUAUUUUCUAGUCCUGACUAUCAGAACUCCUAGCAACAUGCAAUUUUAUUUCUUUUGUUGAGUGGAGUGGAGUGGAGUGAAGAUUAGAGAGGGCUUCUGCCAUGUGUAAAUCAGUUGGGUAAAAUGUGUCUGAGUUGAGCUACAGUCAAGCAUAACGAAUCCCUCUCGGUAGAUAUUAAGAUCCUUAGUAACAAAUCAAUAAAGCCUAAUUCACAGAAAGAAACCAACCUAUUUUAUACUUGUGUGACCUCCAAUGUAGGGUUUACCAUGUAAAUGUAUGUGCACAUACAGCACAUAAUCUGCAAAGUUGCAGUCAGUCUCAGCUCUUGUAUUCAAAUAAACCACAGCUGAUGAGAACUUGUCUCAUUUAACAAGAGCAUCUUUCUCCUCAGCUUUAGUGUUUAAAUUCAUGUAAUUAAUCUUUAUAUCUUUGAAAAAAAAUACUCUCUCUUCCUGGGACCAGAUAUACAGCAAUAGGGAUAGGUUAUUGUUUCAUAUAUAGGUCUAGGUCCUCUAAUUAUCUAUAUAACUUAAUAACUGCUGUGAACAUCCACUGAAGUGAUUUCAGAGAAGUUAAUCUAAAAAAAACAUUAGUUCAUUUCACAGAACCGCUGGGAAUGGUUUUGUACAAAUGCAAGUUUCUGUUCAAGAGACAUCCAGGGCUGAGGUAGCAUGAAAGCAAAACCCUUUUCUUUGAAGUAUACAUUCCAAUCUCAUGACAUAUUAGAAACCAAAUUGCCCAUUUAGAAUGACAAGAAGAAAGACAUUGCAAAAACACAUUGCAACUUGUAUUUGAUUAUUUAGCAGCUCUAAACACAUUCUGAGUAAGCAAGAGAAUGCUUGGGAUUCCAGGACCAUGAGAAUAAGAAGCAAGCUUACUUCACUGCAGGUGGUGACAUAAACAGCAACACUGGUUCAGAAUUCAGUCUAACUCUGCUUUUGUCUCCAUAACUACCUUCAGGGCCUAUUUUAUUUUUUUUUAAAGAACUGUUAGGGAAUAGCCUGCUCUGAAGUUAUUCUGAAAUCCCAUGCAAAUCGAAUUCGGGCAAGAAGUUCUGUUUAUGUCCAAUAAAUUGAUGGUAUUGCCUCUUUUUUUUUUUAAUCUGGCAAAGGCUACUGAAGUGUGAAAUUAAUGUGUUCCAACAGCGUGGAAUAGAGUGGCCAUGUCACAACAUUCAUUUCACAUAUUACAAAUUAGAUUUCUAAUUCUUAAUAAAGCUAUAAUCAAGGGGGUUUUGGUCAUUUAAAUAAUGUAAGUGAAGAGUAUAUUGAAUACCUUUGCACACAGAUGUGAUAAUCCAGAUGCUGGAAGUCUGUAGAGAUACUCUAUCUGCAAUAGUUCUUUAAUUCUAGAUUGCAUCUAUCACUGAAGUAUUGUCUAUCUAGCCUUGCCUUUUUUGUAUGUGUGCUUUGUAAUCCUUUUAUACAACUGGUAGUAGGAAGCUGGGCUAUUUCACCAUCUGAUGGUCUUUGUUGUAGAGCACAAGUAUUUAAAAAAAAAAAAAAAAAAAAAAAGAAGGCAGGUACUUGGAAGCAUAAUAUAGAAUGUAGGCAUGUGAAAAUAAGCUUUCACCAGUGCAGAAUAUCCAAGUGUUACAAAAUGUGGGGUUAGAUAAUGUGAUCUGACUACGCAAAAUUGAAAAUGACGAAGGAAACAGAGUGUAUUUUCUGAACAAAUUAUUUCAGUAUUUAGUUUGCAUCUAAUAUAGUUCACUUUGAAUAAUGAAUCAUCAAAAAGGCAGCUGACCAACUUCUCCUCUACUCCUGUCAUACUCUCAAGGUUAGCAGCACCAACUGGGAAGCAAGGAAGUAAAACAGUUGUCCGUCAAAAACAGUAUAAAUUGCCAGGCUCCCUACUCUAUUUCCCAUUAAUGUUUUUACCUCCUUCAUACUGAGAGCCUUACUCAAUCUUCUGUUUUUCUUUCUCUUUUUUCCCUACUAGCAAGUCUUAGGGCUUGUCAGCAUGAGACAGUUGUAUUGAUUUAACUUAAGGUGUGAUUUUUUAAAGUAUGUAGUUAAAUAGGUGCAAAGGGCUGUGCAAAAACUCUUAUUUUGGUUUAAUCCAGAUUUAUUUUGGGUUCAUCCAGUUAUUUCAGUUUAGCUUAAACCACUUAGGGAUCAUAUUAAAAUAAAUGAAAAAAGCCCACACACAGGGUUACAUUGGUUUAAUUAAAUUAGUUUCAAAACUGACUUAAGUAAAACCAGUAUAAUUUUCUGAUGUAGAGGAGGCCUCAUAAAGAAGAAAUAAAGAUAAGAGGGAAGGUGUGGAUGCAGAGUCUAGAAAGAAGAGCAUUUGUUUCUGGACCUGUUACUCAUGCUGCACACUUCCAAGCAACCAGGGGAACAAGGCAGAUACCCUUUGAACAAUCUCUGUUCUCUCUCCUAUAGUCAGGACCCCAGUGUUCAUGUUCCUUCCUUCUUUGGCAGGUGUAUUCAGUUCUUAUCUGGAGGAGCUCAGCACACAUUUUGCAGGCUCAGACAUUCUGGCUGCCUCCAUCCUGCACAGGAUUGACAGCCUUGUCUAAUUAAUUUCUGCGCUCCCUUUUUCCUGUAACAAUGUAAAUACUGGGUCCUGGGAUUCAGGGCCGUAUUUGUUACCUGUAAGGAAUAUGCAAAUUGGUUUUCUCUCACCUUUGCCACUCUGUCUUCUUUUAGAAAUUAGAGGAGAUUAUAAAUGUUGCAGGCUCCCAGUCCACAAGAAGUUAAUACCUCUGUCUCUUGGAUACCUACAGACAUUUCUUCCUUGAAUCUUGAUCCCUACCGGGCAGAUUCUUUCAUUAAGAGUGGCUGAUAUGAACCUAUGUCACAGGGCUGCUGGGAGGAUAAAUCCAUGUUGGUAAAGCACAUUGAGUUCCUAGCAUGAAAAAUGAUAUGAUUGCAAAAUAUUUUAUAAUUGAAGCUCUGUUGCAGCCCAUCAAUCAACUUGCAGUGCCAAAUAUGUAAACCUUAUUAGCUCCUCAGGGACUUGGUGUGGCACAAAAAACUCUCCUUUCUUCCCUUCGUCCAACAAACUGUGAGUGCAGGGCCUUGGGAAAUUAAGUGUUCUCUUUGUGGGCAAUUCUCAGGCAGUACUAAGGAUCUAGCAUUCAUGCUUUCUCUAGCCCACCUUCAUGCUUCUGUAGAUACUGGGCCCUGAGAAUCCAAACCCUCUAUUUCUGCAGUAACAACUGCUGAACUGUCCCUCAAGCUGUAGUUGGUUUUGCCCUUUCCUGUUCUUCAGGAUCAGGUUUUCCCUCCAUUUUCUGCAGUUUCAUUUCUGCCAUGCUGCCUAAGCAACCUGGAGAGUUCUGUGGCCUUCCUGCCAUAAAGGUCCCUCUUGACUAUUAAGCCUGUUUGGUCACCAUAAGAGACUUGUCUGUGGUCCUUAACCCAUUAUCUGGUGUCCUUUCAGUGUCUGCCUGCCUCAGACAGGAAUACGUUGCCCAGUCAGUCUUGCAUUCUGGCGUCCUUUCACACACACGCAGCCACUCCUGCUCUCCCUGAUUCUCAGCUCAGUCCAACUUCUAAGCAUCCCUUUCAGUCCUUUGUCCCCAUGCUCAAAUUUGUUUGGAGGAAGGAUGAUUCUGUGACACUGCUCCUGCAGAAUGAACACUUCAUGAAAUGUGAGGGUGACUUCCUGCAUAAGGAACCUGACCAGUGAUUCUUAUUCAGAGCCCCCUGAAUCUGGAGGCUACCGUCUGCUGGAAAAUAUUUCCACUGUUAGGGUGCAAGGUGGAUAUUUUGAAGAGAUUCCUUGAUCACAAGAAUGCAGCCUUCCCUCAUGUCUUUUUCAAGACAUUUGCAUCUUGGGAAUGGGGUCUGUUUGACAGAGGCCUAGUCAUAUCUCAACUAUGCCCACUGAGUAUAGUGUAUUCUAUAAAGUUGCAGUGGAAAUAUGUGAGGUCUCUAAGAUGGUGAUCUCUGCUGAUUCCAUGACCUUCCCUUUUUAUGCUGUUUAUAAGAAAGUGCUACUUAAUGCUGCAUUUUUUUUACCAAGGCUGUGCCAUUAGUGUUGGCCCAUCUCUCCUGAUUUUGAUAUCUGCAGAACUCAGGCCCCUCUGUAUAUAGCAAAGUUACUGUCUAUCUCAGUGAGGCACUUUUUGAUUGCUGAGCUGUAUAUGGGGACAGCCAUGGAAGGUCAAACAUGUUUGACUCAAGAGGUGAAUCCUGCUCAAACUGAAUAGAUGUUUGUACCCCCGCCCCUCCAGGGCUCUGAUUUGUUCCAGGAAGAUCCCAAGGUGACCAAAGAAGGAUCAGAGUCCAAACAAUCCUGAAAGCACUAAUUUCAGCCUCCAUGCCUCAGUCUGCAGAUUUGUUUUUGCUUAUUAAUAAUGGUUUACAAACAUGAAUUUUCAGCACCCAUCUGAUGUCAGUUAGUUCUCACUUUGCGUUAGGUCUACGUUGGAGACAUAUGUGGAUUUCCUCAGGUAAGCUUGUACUCACUCUUAGCUUGAAGAUGUAAAGGUUCAGUUUGUGGAUGUAGGUUUCUCCCCUAAAGUGGCUAAUGGCAGGAAACUUUCUACCUCAAUCACUUGGUUUUGUAUUUGGAGUGUCUUGCUCAGCACUCUAAGUGCGAAUGGCUGUCAUUUCCACUUCCGGAGGUCCUGUGGAGAGUACAUUUGCAUCAGACCCCUUUCUUGUUAGGUUUUUGUUUAUGGAGCAUUUGAUUUGUAGACUUGACUUUUCAGAAUGAUAUUUCAUCAUCAGGAAUGGUCCUCUGUUUAAAGAUGCUAUAUUGGCCUCCUUUGAGACGUGGGGAAAGAGUCUCUUCUUUUGUUUUCUGCCAUAGUAGCCUUUUUAAUUGGUAUCUCCUUUGCCAAGUGAGGAAUCCGCAAGUUCACUGGAAUAGAGCUGCCUUGUCUGUAAGGAUGUCAGAUUUUAUCUCUCACUUUCCUUAUUCAAAAUUUCCUCUUUUUCUUAAUCCUCUUACUCCAGCUAUUCCUAUGCCCAGAAAACAGUCUGGAGAUAGAGGGUUGCUGUGUUUUAUGUAGCAUGGAUAAUGCCUUUUGACUGUGUUUAAAAAAAUUAAUUAUUUUUGAUUCCAUGUCUAAAAUUUGGAAUGAAGCUUCUAAAGCCACCAGUGCUCAGUGGAUUAAAGGAGAUAUGAAGAGUUUCUACAGUUCUUCACUGCUGUGUGUCUGUGAAAUAUUGACAUUAUUCAUGAAGAGAGAGGACCUAAGCAUUAACUGUUGUACUGUAUUGUGGCAGCUGCUUGCCUUACACUCAGUCCUUUAUUGCUCAAUACCAACUGAUGCCAAAGCUGAUCUUGGUCAGCAGUCGCUCUGUUGGAUUGAGGUUCACUCACUCAGCAGAUGGGCUUAACAAAUAUUUAUUAAGGCAAAACAUGUAGUAGUGAUCAAUUAUGAGUAGGAAGCCCAUCAGGACAAUCUCAUCAUUCCAUAUGAUCUCUCCACUCCCAGUGUUAGUUCACACCAAUCUUUUCUAGCUUUUUAGUUACUUUAUCUUUUCUUAUUCUCACAAACAUGAUUGCUCUGCAGUUUCUUACACAUGCACAGCACUAAACAUGAUUAUUCUGCAAUUUCUUACACAUACAAAGUUCUAUUUAUGCUUACACUGUUAAAUGUUAUCAGAACAGACUCUUAAAAUCCACAGCAGGCAUCUGUCAGGCCUAAAUAUGCCUUUGCCCCCAACACUCUUGGCUGAUAGUCAAGGUAAGACCAUGUCUGCCUUUUCACACUGCUUUACAAGUUGCACUUACGGAAUCUUACUGGAUGGAAAGCGGACUGCACAGCAAUGUAAAAUUGUUUACUAGUAAUUCUUUUCAUUGUACACAUUCUGUCCAUCUGCCCUGCUUUCCUGGCUUUUUGCCCUCAUGACUGUUUUACUGUCUUCACUAUUCAGGGAAAACUGGUGGAACCUGCCUACUUAUUUCUCAGAGCCCUGUGUGUUCCAUGAUUCACAACCGUGGAUUUUUUCCCUUGGCUACAAAGUUGUGCUUUAAACUUCAAGCUCUUUUUCCUUUAAACUGUUUCUAGCCCUUAUGGUUGCAAAAGUCUUGAAACCAGGAAUGAUUUUAAACUGAUGCCAUAUUGUCUUCCUGAGUCUGCAGACAGCCUGAAACAAAAGCUCUCCCGAGGCUGAACUGCCCCAUUCGUCUCACUGAGUUGUUAUUGCUGAAUUCUAAAGAUGACAAUUUAAAUGUUAACAUUAACUGUUCCAUUGCUGACUGUCUUAGCAGAAAUGUCAACUAGCGUGAUCUUCCCACAAUCCUAGACAAGUCUUCCAUACCUACUUAUGGGCACAAAGUCCCAGUUAUCCCCUACUCAGUUGCCAAAACCUCCAACUUUGCCCCUGUUUCUGUGAUGCAGCUAUGAGUUAAAAUACAAAAAUCUUUGGCAUAUCAAAAAACUAAAUGUGAGGACAGAGUAAAAUAAACUGAAUUUAAUAUACACACAAAAAUAACACAGAGGAGGGGGGUUACUGUACUGAUUGAAUAGUACAUUUUCAGUUAGUAAAAAACUGCAGAUAAAAAAUUUAAAUGAAGCUGCUACUAAAUUUGUAGUCUGCUACAACAGAAAUCAUGCAGCGAAAUUUAGGUCCAGCUUGCCAGGCUUUGCUUAUACUAGUUGUGUUGGCAAUUAUUUUUGCCUCUGCUUCCUAGUAGGUAGGGCUGUUCUAGAAUUUUCUUAUAGGCAUGAUGUAGAGGCUGUAACACACACAACUACGCAAUAUAACUUUCUCUUUUUGAAUUGUGUUAAACAAUCAACUAAAACGUGUCAAUCACAGCAAUAGCAAGUCACAAGCUAUUGAUCCAAAUCUACCUUAAAAUGGAGAGAACCACCAUUAACUGAUACAGAAAUGAAUUGCACAUUUGCGGAGUCUUGCAACUUGAGGCUUUUGUCCAUAUUUUGUAUUCCUUUUAGGAUAUAAAUUUGACAGUUAUGUGAAAAGUUUGCAUGUCUUAAAUAUCGUACUCUGUAUUCGGUAACAACAUACCUUGAAUGAAAUAUACAGUAAGGAAUGUAUUGCAGAAUUUUAAGAAUGUGUUUCCCCAAAACCCUGUGUUCUCUUGCAGGCUGAGGAACAGGACUGAUGCUGAUAGAUUAAGAAAUAUUUGCUUAUGUAAUUGGCAUUUUUUGAGCCGUCUAAACAAUUUGACUUUCUACAGUGUUUUGUGUUAGCACUAGUUUUUGAAAAACUGUUUAAACUAAGAAUCCUUUUAGAUGGCAGUACCUAUACAUCCAAAAAAAUUAUAUGCAUGUUUUGAAAUAUUGUUUUUCCCCUUCUGGUCACUUAGUUAAUUAACAAAUUCUGGUGGCACAUAAAACCUAGGCACUCAAGAGAAAAUCUAUCUGCUGUUGUAUUUUCUGUUUUUACCACUGGUCAGCAAUAAUUAUUUUAGCCAUAUACCAGCCAAGAAGACUGAUACUGAAAAAGAAUUGUGAACAGGUCUGCUAAAUGUGCAGCACAUUGAUCAACUGGUGUGGGCUGAAAGUGGAGAUAUGCUCAGUUUAAAAAAAAAAAUAUCUUGCAGCAUGUAGAUUUUUUUUAUUUUAUUUUCCUAAUAGUGACAAAUACAUAAUCUACUAUAAAACUCAUCUUCAUGAUAGAGCACAUCAUUUUUUAACUCAAAUUUAAAUAUAUCCCUUACUUGUAGUUAACAAUUAUGAGAGUGUGUUUAGUGUGGUCUACUAUACCAAAAUAUUUAGAACUAUGAUGAGUCUUUAGUAAUAAAGAUAAACACAGAACCUGUUUUUACUGUUUCAAGUAAGGUUUAGUGAAUGACUGACAAUUCUAUUGAUAUACAACUGUGUGAAAACACUGCAAUGCUUUAAAUGUGUAUUUUUAUCCUGAUUUAAUAUAUGAUUAAUUGAGAUGAAGUGUUUACUACAGCUUGUUGUAAAAAUGUCUCUGAUCUCGUCAUUCUGUCUACUGUGAACAAGUACUUUUUAAAAUCAAAGGUAAAUGGUAAAUGUGAACAUUUGGACUCUCUCCUAGUAGCAGUCAAUGCUGUUUUUUAUAUAUUAAAAUUGAUUUUUCUUUAUGAACUUAUAACUUUGUUUUUU